CCCUCUGGUACGCCGUCGUUUUCUUCCCAAUUUCUUUUCUCUUUCAUUCUCUCUACCUUUUCUGGGAUUCCGAGGGAUGCCUUCCACACACCACUGCUCUCACACCUACAUUCCAAAGAUCUCACUUUCUCUACUUUUUUCAACAUUUCAACAUUGCAUAACAAAAUAACAUUUGCUUCUCCACCAAAAUCCUUCUUUUCUUUUUUCUUUUUUCUCGCUGGGGUGUAAAAUAAUUGAACAGACACGUUUAAGUAUAUAAGUGAUCAUGCUGUUGUGACAGUUGAAGACAGUGUAUUGUGGGGAAGUAGGCUUGUGAUUAGUUGUUUGAGAGUAUUAAGGAAGUAAGCAAAAGGAUGUCAAAUAGUAGGAACACACAUUGGUGUUACAGUUGCAGGAGGCCGGUUCGGCUGGGAAGGCGAGAUGUGGUUUGUCCUAGCUGCAAUGAGGGAUUUGUUCAUGAACUUAAUGAUAUGGUGCAUGUGAAUCCUUUUGAUUUGUUUGGAAUGGACAACAAUGAAGAACGAGAUCAAAGGGUUGGACUCAUGGAAACCUUCUCUGCUUUUAUGAGGCAUCAAAUGGCAGACAGGGGCAGAAGUCGUGACAUCAUCAGGGCACAAACAGAUUCAAAUGCUGAACACAGUGCAGGGUAUGCUCCUCUGUUGAUCUUUGGUGGCCAAAUACCUUUCAGAUUGUCUGGCCAUGGUGGCUUUGAAGCUCUCUUUAACGGGGCCCCUGGAAUUGGUCUCACACGAGGUAACACAGGUGAUUAUUUUGUUGGUCCUGGACUUGAAGAACUGUUUGAACAGCUUUCAGCUAAUAACAGGCAAGGUCCAGCACCAGCAUCAAGAUCCUCAAUUGAUGCUAUGCCUACUAUCAAGAUCACACAGAGGCAUCUUCGAUCAGACUCACAUUGUCCUGUGUGCAAAGAUAGAUUUGAGCUGGGGUCUGAAGCAAGACAAAUGCCAUGCAACCAUUUGUAUCACUCAGAUUGCAUUGUUCCAUGGUUGGUCCAGCAUAACUCCUGCCCCGUUUGUCGCCAAGAACUGCCACCACAAGGAUUGAAUUUGAGUAGUAAUAACCGAGGCACAAAUGGUAGAAGUAGAAGUGGAAGGGUAAGUAGUAGUGGUAGGGAGAGCCAGGGAAGGAGAAAUCCAUUUUCCUUUUUGUGGCCUUUUCGUUCUUCUCAUUCUAGCAGUAAUGAUGAAGCAACCGGAAGCAGCACACAAGCACCAACCAUCCCAGAGAAUAGCCAUCAUGCAGGGUAUUCUGGGUGGCCAUUUGAAUGACUGAGUGUGAGUAGAACCAUUUCUUUUGUUUGUUAAUCUGCUCCUGUUGAUUGAAAAAUCUUGUGGAUUGAUGCUGCUGCUUGCUUGGGGUGAAAACGGUUUGAGACUGAGUCUUCUUCCACUCUGGAUUUGCUUUCUGAAGUUGUGAACUAUUUUGUAUAAAUGGUUAUUUAUGCACAAUUGUUUGAAGUUAAUAUUCAAAUAACAAGUUCUUUUCUUAUCAAUGGAAAAUAUUUCAUAUAAA